AUGGAAGAUUCAAGAAAGUCCGCUGCUGUCGUCCGCAGUCCGGUAGAUAAAUCUUGCCACUUUUUCUUCUUUGUGGAACGUAAAAAACAGACACUUGCGCUCGAAAAGCGUUCUACCCAUAUUUCCAAAGGAUACUCUCCUUACGUGAACCAUGAGAUUGCCAAAGGAAUCAUCGAGCCUAACUCGCAGAUUGCUGCAGUGCUGCAGAGCGACAUGGUAGGAUUUCGAUCCCACUGGCUCUUCUUCGCUAACAUGACUCCAAAGGUCUCCGUUUACGGUAUAACCAAGCCAGACGAGAAGAAAAAGAAUCUGUAUCUCUCAAAGCUAAGCCCGACUCAUAAUAUACUUGUCGACUCCAUCGAUAAGCCGAUUAUUGUCUCUGACAACUCCAUGGCUGUGGCUUCAUGCUCUGAUGACCGAGAGUUAACUUUUGUUUACUAUACUUCUUUGACUGGCCCUGGAAAAAGACUGCAGUUGAACGAAUUGGAAUUAUGGGACGCAAGUAACAAAGGAAUUUCGAUGCCGAUAGAAACUGUGCCCUGCAGGAAUAUAUCUAGGCUUUGUGCAGUUCUCCACCGGGAAACGCUGGUAAGAUUUGUGUUGUUUGCCGGCUCCGUGCUUGAUGGCGAACCACACUUCUUAUUCUGGACUUGCUCCGAAAGCAAAUAUGCAACACAUUUUGGCAAAUCAAAUGUAACUUUCUCCAGUGACCUGGCGGUAGCCUCUACAGAAGGAAAGGAUCAGUCGGGGCCUUAUCUCAACAUCUUCCUGUAUAUUGCCAACCCGGCUGAAUUAUUUAUAACCCGGAUUGUGGGGAGAGCAAGACGUCACCAUAUUACAUGGUUUGGUAGUGGUCAAAUCGACUUUCCAAGAGAUAAAACAUCUUCUCUGGCUGUCAUCAGCGAUGACAAGCGGAACUAUUUAUAUUACAACCCUCCAGGCAAGAACACAUACGAGGCAUUCGUGGAUGUGGUGGAAGACAAAUGGUUCAAGCCCUAG